CUCCCCAUUCCACUGCUGAGGCCGAAAGAGCUGAGGCGAGAUGAGGACCUUGGGACUGAGCCUGGGGCUGGCCCUGCUCUGCUUGCUGCGUGUGCAGGCUACGGACCUGGGAGCUGCGGAGCUGGACGUGAGAAAGGUUGCAGGGACAUGGUACAUCACUGCUAUGGCCUCUGACUCCAAGACCUACCUUGAAAAAAAGGACCAGCUGAAGAUGGCGAUGGCCAACAUUGAGGUCUUGGGGGAUGGUGACCUGAAGGUCUCCUUUGCAAUUCCCACCCCUGAGAGAUGUAUGAAAUUCGAGUCGAUCUACAAGCCAACAGGCAGCCCGGGUGAAUACUACAGCACUGACAGAGGCAAUAAGACGGUGAAGCUGGUGGAUACCAACAACAGGUCCUACAUGAUUGUCCUUGCCACCAGACAGAAGAACGGGGAGACCUUGCACAUGCUGAGACUUUACAGCAGAACCCAGUGGGUGACACCCAAAAUCAAAUCGCAGUUCAAGACACUUGCCAAGCUGAAUGGCUUCACUGACCAGAUGAUCUGGAUCUUACCCAGGCAAGAGGAAUGCAGACUUGGUGAGCUGUAGGAAGUGUGGAUUGGCUCGUGGAUGCUCCUGCCAAGCAAUGCAAGACCCAUGCUCUGACCCACGCCCAGGCUGCUGCUCCACCAUCCCUCUUCCAAGCUCUGACACAGUCCCUGCUUGUUGCCAAAUAAACAGAAUCCCUGCCCAGA